AAAUAAAAAAAUGAGUUGAAUAGAAAUAGGUGUAAGAAGAGGAAGAGAGAAUGCAUAGUGUAUUUAUAUCUGAAUCCAGAUCCAGCACCGUUUCAGCAACUCAAUUCCCAUCGCUCCGCCGUCACAGCCAUGUCUCUGAAUCUCCGUCAGAAGCAAACAGAAUGCAUCGCGCGCAUGCUCAACCUCAACCAGCCGCUCAACGCCACCACCGGCACGGCCAACGAGGAAGUGUACAAGAUCCUCAUCUACGAUAAGUUCUGCCAGAACAUUCUCUCCCCCUUGAUCCACGUCAAGGACCUCCGCAAGCACGGCGUAACCCUCUACUUCCUCAUCGACAAGGAUCGCAAGCCCGUUCACGACGUUCCGGCGGUGUACUUCGUCCAACCUAACCAAUUCAACGUGCAACGCAUCGUUUCGGACGCGUCUAAAGCACUCUACCAGAGUCUUCACCUCAAUUUCUCCACCUCCAUCCCCCGGCCCCUCCUCGAAGACCUCGCCUCCGGAACCCUAAACUCCGAUUCCAUUCAGCGAAUCUCCAAGGUCCAUGAUCAGUAUCUGGAGUUUGUAACCCUAGAGGAUAACCUUUUUUCGCUGGCCCACAAGUCUUGUUAUGUUCAACUCAAUGACCCUUCUGCUGGAGACAAGGAAAUUGAGGAGCUUGUUGAGAAGAUCGUUGGUGGGUUGUUUUGCGUGUUGGCCACUCUCUCUGUUGUGCCGGUUAUCCGCUGCCCGCGUGGCGGCCCUGCUGAGAUGGUUGCUUCUGCGUUGGAUCAGCGUAUUAGGGAUCAUUUGUUGUCCAAAAAUAAUUUGUUUACAGAGGGUGGGAACUUUGUGAGCUCGUUUCAGCGCCCUGUGUUGUGUAUUUUUGACCGGAAUUUUGAGUUGCCGGUGGCGAUUCAGCAUGAUUUUCGCUACCGGCCUCUUGUUCAUGAUGUGCUUGGGUUGAAGCUGAAUAGGAUGAGUGUGCAGGGGGAGAAAGGUGGUAUGAGGUCUUAUGAGUUGGAUUACGCUGAUUCGUUUUGGGUUGCGAAUGGAUCGCUGGAGUUCCCAGAGGUUGCGGUUGAGAUUGAGACACAGUUGAAUAAGUAUAAGAAGGAUGUGGAUGAGGUGAAUAAGAGGACUGGUGGGACUCAUGGUGCUGAGUUUGAUGGGACGGAUUUGAUUGGGAACACGAAGCAUUUGAUGAAUGCUGUGAAUUCUCUGCCUGAGUUGACUGAGAGAAAGCAGGUGAUUGAUAAACAUACAAACAUUGCGACCGUGUUGUUGGGGGAGAUCAAGGAGAGGUCCCUUGAUUCUUAUGCUAAGAAGGAGAAUGACAUGUUGGUUAGAGGUGGCAUUGAAAGGGGUGACCUGCUUAGUGUGCUCAAGGGGAAGGGAACAAAAAUGGAUAAGCUAAGGUUUGCCAUCAUAUAUCUUAUUUCUUCUGAAAGCAUUAAUCAGUCUGAAGUAGAGGCUGUAGAAGCAGCUCUGAGAGAGUCUGAGGUUGAUACUGCCGCUUUUCAGUACGUGAAGAAGAUCAAGUCGUUGAAUGUUUCAUUGGCAUCAGCGAAUUCUGCCAGCAGAAGUAAUAUUGUUGAUUGGGCUGAGAAGCUCUAUGGGCAAUCAAUUAGUGCAGUGACUGCUGGUGUAAAAAACCUUCUAUCUAACGAUAGGCAGCUAGCAUUGGCAAGGACAGUUGAGGCCUUGACUGAAGGUAGGCCAAAUCCUGAAACAGAUUCAUACCUUUCCUUUGAUCCCCGGGCCCCUAAAUCUGGUUCAGGAGCAAGUAGCAGCCAUUUGAAAGGACCAUUUAAGGAAGCAAUUGUGUUCAUGAUUGGUGGUGGUAAUUACGUUGAAUAUUGCAGUCUGCAAGAGCUUGCACAACAUCAGCAGCCUGCCAAGCAUAUUAUAUAUGGAACAACAGAAAUUCUAACUGGAGUCGACUUUGUAGAGCAGCUUACAUUAUUGGGGCAGAAGAUGGGUUUGGGCAAUGUUGGUUCUAGUUCUACCUCAGCUCAGUAGUUCACAGGUGAAUGUAUUCACAUUUCAUUUUACCAAAUUAUUCUUUAGUGUGCAAAGGAAAACCCUCAGACACAAGCAAAGUCAAUCUGCUUUUGUUGUUCAUUGUCUAUAAACGAUGAAGGAUUACGAGCCUCACACUGCUUUCUUGAUUAUACAGCUAGUGGAUUGCUUAUUUCUUGGUAGUUUCCUAUAGCACAAUCAUAUAUGCUUUGUCUUCAUCGUAGUGAAAAGUUUUUUGAGAAGCAUGGUGCGCCAUUUAUGUUUAAUUUUCGUUCUGUGAGAUGUUUUGGUUAUUGAGAAUCAUUUUGUAUUAAUUAAGAUUGAUCUGUUUGACAUUA